AUGGCUCUCGGACAUUCAGAACCGCAGUAUGAAUUGUUAAACGGAAAAAAGAAAUAUGUUCAGCCAAUCAUACAUUCCAUGGUAUUAAUUGGAUUAGCUGUUCUUGUGGUAUUUGUAGUACUUCUGAUGUUUUAUGUAUCUUACAUGAAAUUUGAAGACACCAAUGAUCAAAAUACACCUAUGGACUUUGUGCUUUUUGGUCCCCAGAAAUAUACAAAUUCGGAUAUUGCUGUUUACCGUGCUCAUACAUUCGCUAUUGCUGCAAAAUCAAAUUAUAAAACAUACUGGACUGCUAAGGAUAAAAUUAUUCCCGACAAACGAAUUGAUAAAAAAUAUAAUUUAGCCUGUUAUUAUUCUAUACCAACUGAUGAUACAAAUAAAACUCUUCAUCCUGCUCAAAUUAACGCUACUUUAUGUACUCAUUUAAUUGUAGCGUUUGCACAAGUUCAAAAUAACAGUGUUUACUUCAAGAGCUCAUUUGAUAUGCAGAUUUUAAGACAAGUAGUGAAGUUACGUAAAAAAAACCCAGAAUUAAAAGUAUUACUAUCUAUAAUGCAUUUCUCAAAUGGUUCACAUUCAAAUGAAGGUUUUCCCGGCGUUGUUGCAAAUAAAGAUAACUUAGACAAAUUUGUCAAUAAUGUAGUAUCAGUUGUCAGAGAAUUUUACUUGGAUGGUAUUGAUAUAGACUGGGAAUUUCCAUCAUGGCCUUUAUUAAAUUUAGAAGAAAAAUAUGGAUUUGCUAAAUUACUAGAAACCUUGCGUAACAGUCUACCUGACUCUCUAUUAACUGCAGCUGUUGCUGCUCCAUUAAAUAUAAUUGAUAAUUCUUAUGAAAUUUAUUCUUUAGCAAGUUUUGUUGACUUUAUAAAUGUUAUGACAUAUGAUUAUCAUUCAUACCAAUGGUAUUUCCCAUUAACUGGGCCAAAUUCACCUUUGUUUUCUUCACGGAAUGAAUCUGGAUACUUCCAGGAUUUAAAUAUUAAUUCUUCUAUACAAUAUUGGAUCUCAAAAGGUAUGCCUAAAGAAAAGAUUUUGCUUGGCAUGCCUACAUAUGGACAUUCUUUUAAAUUAAUAAAUGAAGCCAAUAAUGGUUUUGGGUCUCCAACUUCUGGUCCUGGUAUCGGCAAGGACGGUUUUGUAACUUUUUCAGAAACUUGCGAAUUUCAAUCACAUCAAAAUGCUUCCACUGUUUUUGACCAUGACACCCGUACGCCAUAUUCAUAUCAUAAAAAUGACUGGAUAUCUUUUGAUAAUGAAAAUAGUUUAGCCUACAAAGCAGAAUUUGCUGCAUCUUUAGGUUUAGGAGGCGCCAUGGUAUUUUCUUUAAACACUGAUGAUUAUAGUGGUUCAAGUUUAUGUUCGUCAUCAGUAUUUCCAUUAACUUCUAGAAUAAAAAUAGUAUUAAAUGAUGACUACUUAUAA